GCAAGGGUAGCAAAUGAAAAGCUUCAUCUCCGUAAAGGCACCAUUUUCACCCAUAUUGUAUGCGUGUGCAGCUAUGGGCUACCUUUUGAUUGGCUACAUUAGUUUCAUGGUCAAGGAUGUGUGGAGGUUAAUUAUUCAUUAACCGCUGUUGGUCUCCAAAGAUGUCCCCGAUGCACCGUGAAUCGAUUUGCACGACAGUAGCUGGAAAAGGUGAACUAUAAGCAUUUGCAGCACGGAUGGAUGAGGUGAAACGCUGAGAGAACAGUCAUUGACAUUAAGAGUGAGCGCCGCUGCAUCCAGCUGCUGCCCACUGGAGCGGAGGCGGGAUGCUCCCUCGGUGUUGUGCGCCGUUCGUGGUGAGGGGGCUGUUCCCUCCGCACAUCCGAGCUCGCUCAUUCCGUCCGGAGCAGCGGCAGGGAUGAGAGCUUGGCAUCCAGGCGCCAACGCGACGACACGCUCCGCAGUGAUGGCCUCGGCUGCACAGUUGUGCCGGUGAUCCUGCCGCUGCGUACAAGGAAGAAGCAGAGACGCCUUGACAACUGACCUACCUUUCUCUACCCCCCAAAACGUGGAAAAAAAAACAGAGGGGGUGGAGGAAGGGGGGUGGGGGUAGAGGAAACACACCAGCGUGAUCAAAUGCGAACAUGUACAGCGUGGAGGAUCUCCUCAUUUCUCAUGGAUAUAAGCUACCCAAGCCCAGCACCGCCUCCACCGCCCCGACCCCAACCCCGGCAUCCACAUCCCGACAUGCGCCCCCCUCUUCACCUCCAUCUUACGGUAAACACCACGAGAGGCCCAGUAGCAGGACAGUGAAUGGCUAUGAACGAGGCUCGAGAUUGACAUACGCAAACAACUGCGGGAGCAGGCGCCCUCAAGUAUACGUGACUGGAAGCGGCUGCCCCAACAACAACGUCCAACCCGGGGACAGGAGCCAAUCCAGGCAAGAGGGUGAAAUCCAGGGCCAAAUUGAAACGCCGUCAUUUGGAGAGUCGCUGACCUCAGACAGCGGGUUCUGUGAUGGCACCAGAGGUCAACAGAUGCAGUCCAAAGACGUGUCCUUCUGGAGAAGGAGAGGCCAGGACUUCACCGUGCUGCUGGACUAUGCUGACCACAGAGAGUGCCGCGCGGGAGCGCAUGGGGAAUAUAACAGACCAGAGAGACCUCAACAAGCAAAAGGUCAAGAGUUGCCCGUUGAGGAGCGUCAGAGAGUAGCCCAGGAGCGGCAACGCUGGGUGGCCCAGGUACAGGCUCGUGCGAAAGAGAGGGAAGCGGCUCUCAAACAGUGGAGGAUGGCCACCGAGAGGAAGUGCCAGAGCCUGGGGACAGAGGAGUGGCGUCCAGCUGUCAGUUUUAGUCGCCAGAUGUCGCAGAGUGAGGGUGAACGUUGGGCACAGGAGCAGCAGCGGCUCCGCGCCAGGACACCGGAGGGAAUGGUAGUCCAUUCCAGGACCAAAGCCAAGUCCCAGUCCAUGCCCAGGAUGCUGCGACCUGAGAGCCUGCAAUAUGUGGACAUGGCCUCGUGCGGUCAGGACUUAUACAGGCGGGUUAAUGGCCACCCACUGUCACACCAGGACCUUUACAGGGCACCCCGCUGGCCGGAGAACGGCAGGCCAGCGAGUGCCAACCAGUUAUCAGUAACGCCAAAGCCCCGCUUCACUCGGCCCCCCAGACCUCCCUCCUAUGAAAUGCACCAGCAGAUUAGGGGAAGCUGUGAGUUGUUGUCCGGUAGAGACUCGGUUAUUUCCCAUACCAGGGACAGGACUCCCAUACCCAUCUUACGGACAGGUGAUGCUCCACUAGACUAUUUUGCACAGGAUUCUGGACCUCCAGGAUACAUCCCUCCCCCAUCGUAUAAGAGAGCCCCUGUGAUUAUCGGAGGGCGCCGGGGAUACGGUGAGAUUGCAGUUGAUUACAGGUACAGAGGUGACGUGUACCAGCAGAUACACGUGGCUCCGGAUGGAACUCAUUGGAUCGCUCGACAUCCAGCAGGUUCUUGGUCAGAGUCAUCCAGAGAGAGGUGCAUUGCAGGCCACAAGCAGCUCCAUCCUGUAUGUACUUCGCAAGAGCAUCCAGGCGGAAAAGUGCAAUAUAUCUCCUUUGAUGACCCCCGCAUACGGCACAUUUCUUCAGCUCUCGGUGGUAAUUCCCUGACAGACGCUGACAAGAUACGUCACAUCCGCAACGAACUCCCCGGCACCGCCGCGUCGGAGCCCGCAUCCGGCAACAGUGCCUUUAUGCCCCCGCCGGGGGGGGCUUUUAUCGCUGCCAAACUGGCCAGCGAUGCUAAUCAGACGUCUUCGUGUGACUUUGACAAUGACAAUAAGAGGUGGCGCAGCCAUUUGCACAAAGCGACUGUCGACCACUUCUCAGCAACUGACCAAAAUUGCAACACUUUUUCCAAAAACCGACGUCCUCCUCCAUCGCCAUCUUCAGCCUUUCAGGCCCCAGUCAGAAGAGCAGCGUCUCGCCAGGGGUCCAGUUUAGAUCAGGUCUUUGCAGAAACCAUCACACAAGUCAAGAAAAUUGUCCCAGAAUCAGGGUUGGACAACAACAGAAAUACAAAGAGAAGAGUUAGCGAGACCAUUUUCUGCCUUGUGUCCGUUCCCCUUCACACACCAACUAACCUUAACAAAGAUGCAUCAGCAGAUCAGAACAACAACGACACAGCACGAACUCUGCCCAGGACCAAUACAGAAACCUUUGCCGUCGGCCUCAAAGAGACCCGCAGCCUCCGAAGUAAGUCAGUGAAUGAGAUGCCCAUCAGUGUCCACUACUCGCAUUUUCAUACCACCAGCACCUCCUCCCUGAGGAACUCCAAGAGGGCUCCUUUAAGGAAGGAGAUCAUCGACGCCUGGGCACUUCAAGCCAAUGAGGACAAGGAGAUGUGUUAUUCGGGGUCCUGGCCGGGAAACCAAUACCGUAACCAGGAAACCCAAACCGGCUCACCCUUGACAGUGGUGAAAAGUCCAGAACUCCAAAGCCCACCGGGAGCACAAGAGCCCGUCCAUUCUGCCUCGGAGACACCGACCGACAGCGGCGUAGGAACCGAUAACGGUUCUUCAUAUGGCUAUCCCAUGGCUGGCCAGAAAAACCUCCAUCCCUCCAGCAACAGCGCCUUCUCCCGACUAGGCGGCAGCCCAACACCACAGCAGGCGUCGCAAACGUCGGAGCAAAGUAUAUCCUCCCCGAGCAAACACGAUUCAGGAGCCCCGAACACAUCCUCUCCAAAGAAGAGCAACUCCAGUCCUCCCGAGUGUCCCGAACAAGUGGCCUUUGGUCAGUUCCUCCUCAAGCCGGUCACCCGACGGCCAUUUGAUGCCAUUGGUGAACUGGAGACCAUCAAUAAGGAGAUGGAAGACACAAUCAGCAAGAGGCGUCACGUCGGUCGGUCGGUUGACGAUUUGGAUGGGAUGAAUAAAAGAAAUGGCCGCUACAGAUCAGGAACGCAUUUUCGAAUCGGCCUCGAAGCAGGCAGAGAGGCAAGGAGUCUUCCCCCCACGCUCACAGAUAAAACUGUGAUGAAAAUCCGAUCAAAAUCUUUUCCCUCUGCCGACGAUUUGGAAUCGGUGGGCGCACGGCAGACUUUCUGCAGACCACAGACCAACGUACCAUUCACAAAUGAGACAUGUGCAAUCCCCAGCCCAGGCGGGAGACGAGCCGCGCCCUCACUGCCUCAACACAGUCAUUCAAACCGGCUUUAUAGGCAGGAUAUUCCUGUCCCUCAGGAGUCAUUGCUAAGGGAUGUUGGGCUAACCGUCUACACAGAGACCCCCGGUGGUGGCGGGGAGGCGACGCGUUCGCUUCAUCACACCGACCUGACAGUUCAGCUUUCGAGCGAGUGCGGCGCAGUGCACGGGAAAAAUUGUGACGGGGCAGAGCACAGUUUUGAUCUGGAGCUUCAAGAGAAAGUGGAGACUGAGACAAGGGCUCAGUUGGACAAAAUGUCACAAAGCAAGAGUGAGCUGAAUUUGAGCAUCGGCGGAAGCAGGAGCGAAAUGUUCCAAUUGUCCAAGAGUCAUAGUUCUCCGCUUGUCACCGGGGAGGUUUCCCAUGCGUUCAAGGAAAAUGGUCAUGACGAAUGCUGCCACUCUGAGCCUCUAAAAUACAAAACAAACGAGUCAACGAUAGCAGACGUGCACCUUGAGACCCUGCUUACCCAAGAGAAAGCCAACGCAUUACCCGCAGAGGACCUGAGUAGCCUGUACGAAGUUAAAUGUGCAAAGGGAAUACCUGAAAAUGAAUCCAUUGAGCAGAGAGCUGCCAGAAUUUUGGGUAUUCCCGUCCCAAUGGAAACCUUGGGCGUGUCGGAGAAAAAUGAUGAUGCAGAAACCCCCGUGGAUGAGACACCCCACUGUCCAGGUGAAGGCGAACGCAAUGUGUUUGAGGGGCCCGAGCAAGUCGAACAGGGAUCGACAAUUUUGCUGGGAACGGAGAUGAAAGAGGUUCAGGUGUCAAAAUUAGGCAAAGACCGCAAUGAAGAUAGCAAACAAAAGCACAAUAACAAUCAACAUGACGGCGAACGUAGCGAAGAGGACGUCACUCAGUCGGCGGUGGUGCUGGACCUCCCUGAAUUCCCACCGUGUCGUCUUUCACUGUCCCUUCCCGUCAGCCCCGAUGAGAAACGACCACUAAGGAAAGGAGAAAAGAAGUGCAGCACAACACAGCCUUCGAGAAAAUUCAUUGAAGCCCUGCAAGAUAAGCUAAGCUCUUCCGCUAAUAUAUCCGGGACAUCUCUGGGCAGGUCGACCACAGACAGAAUAGCCCGACUCAAAGAACUGCAAUCGGUGUCUCGAAUUCGACGCCUCAGCCUAAAAGGUUCCGAUUCAAACAGAGACUGUAAUUCCGAGGAGAGAGACGGAGACAGACGGGAAAACUUAGUUGAAGGAGAGGCAACGCUUGAGGUUGAGGAGAAACAAGAACAUGAAGAAGGCCCGAAUGCCCAGAUCGGAAGGAGGAAAGUCGAGGAUGUGGAGCGUGACCAUGCAUGUGUAACCGAGGACGAGGUAGCGCCUCCCAAAGAAGCUUGUCAACCCGGUGAAGACAAUGAAAAUAUAUGCAAAGGAGACGGAAAAUCAAAGGAGGUAAAACAGACUGAUGAUGAUUUUGCACUACAAGCAAUAAAGGAAGGAGCGAGAGAAGACGACGGAGCAAAGACGGAAGAGCCAGAAGGAAAAGUGGAGCUUGACAUUGGCCACAACGCGGACAAACAGCAAGCGGCAGAAGUUAGUCCGAGUAAAAUGACAAACGACGUUAAGGUAGACAAGCUGCCCAAAGCGAAGCUUCGUACGAAGCUCCAGAAGCCUCCACUGCUCCCUAAACCUCGAAGUGUUCCCAAAAGAGAAAUAACUCUACCGCUCGGUCUCAGCCCCGGGACCUUGACUCCCUCAAAUAUGGAGGAAGCGGAGAUGCUGAGUAUCUCAGACUCCUACGACCCCAGUCGAGUGGAACGAGUGUAACCUGCGACUCUGUGUUUAACACUGUGGAAAUCUUCCUUCUCCAAGUUUCGGCACGAGAAAAAAAACUAAACAAAAACUGGCCGUUCUCAUCCUGCGGCUCGGUCGGCCGUGACACUUCCAGAAUUGUUACAUAUCACCCCCUCACAAAUCGGAUUUUCCUGGUGCUGCGGGAACAUUUUUCUCAGCCAAAUAAAAAAAAGUGGUGCCAAUUCUCCUAGCCCUGCAAUUGGCUGGCGACCACUCCAGGGUUUCACUCAAAAUCACCCGGGUGAGGCUGCAGCACACUCGCGACCUGGAGGAGGACAAGCGGCGAAGAAAACAGAAGGAUGGAUGCUCAGUUUUCCGAGCCUUCUUCAAGUCUUGCCCUUCCCCUCCCGCCACCCUUCCAAUGUUUCUUUGCUCCACCAAGUCAACUGCCUUCCGUUGAAAUCGUCUUCUUUUGGCUUCCGUAUACCGCGCAUGUCGUCGUUUCCUCCCGCACUCGGCCAUCCGGCCCAGUGUUGAAUCAUGAAUGUAAAAGUGCUUCUGCUCCUCAAAAGAAUUGUAACAGGUAAGUUCAAAACAAAGGCAACAGUAUUGCAUUACAAUCAGUAUUAACCGUCACCAAAUGUAAAUAUAUAUUGAAAGAAGUAUACCGUUUUAUCUUGAUUAUAAAAAUGAGUUUAAGAAAUGUAUAUUUUCUUAUAUAUGUUCGGAAAAUUCUAGUUUUUUUUUUUUUAAUCUGAUAUUUGAGUGUCACGCUAAUAUGGACCCCCUCUAGUCUUUAUUCUUCUAUGUGUCUGAUAGCGAAUGUACUCAGCGAGUCUGGAUUGCAAUGAGAAACACUGUGGUCUUUGAAUAGUUUCACUCAAGAGCAAUAUAGUUACUGUAUGUUUGUUUGUUUUGUUUCGGGGACACAUUUUAGAGUGGUACGUCUCUAAUUGAAUGAGGUGAUCUCAGUUCAAUGUCUACAUUGAAGCUCUAUGUUUUGGUACGCGCGUGUGGUUUUACAAAUUCGGAGGUCAUUCGUGUCGUGGUCGUGAGUACCGAUAAUCACUUCGAAAACAGAAAGUUUUUUUCCAUGGUGGCGUGAUCCGUCGCUUUCAGCAUCAGCAUUAACCAAUGGCACACAAUGCGUAUCACAAGUGUCUGAUUUCAGUGCCACUUUACCAACCACUAUAAAACUCGUGUUGUAUAUUUUGGGCAGGUGGAGGUUUAUAUUGGACUGCCGUUGUUAAUCGGUGAUUUCAGAAGUGCUUUUCUGCAGGAAAUGAUGACGUGAAAGCUAUGUUGAAUGACAAGUGUGACCUGUUCACACUGUUUCUCUUGGUUAACUUAUGUGUAAAAAUUGUACCAUGAAUUAAACGUUUGCAUCAAUAACUCUGGUGUGACGGUGUUGGCAAUAACGGUAAUAACAAUGAAUUGUAAACUAAAAUCCUAUCAUUCUGAAUGACUAUUACAGCCACGAGAGGGAGAAAGUUAGCCUACUCGGGGGAACUUUUUUUUUUAAACUCCCAUGUGACAUUGACAAUGACAUUGCCACUUUUUUUUCUUUUUGACAAUCGACUUUAGACUUCAGUCACUGAAUUGUUUUUUACCUCUUCGGUGUCACCCUAAUACUUCUUUGGCAAUUCCUGAUAAUGUACGCAACAGUGUGAACGUGUUCAAUCAUUUUACGUUGUGACAUAUCAGUGCUUAUUUAUCAGGUUUUGGGCAGAAGUAACUUUGCUUUUGGGAUAGCAAUACAAGACAUUUGGGAAUAUUGUAUACCAAACCAAACUUUACGCUAUGCAUUGGACAUCGACAUACCAAAAUUCAAAGUUUUUCCUGUGUCUGGCCUUUGCCUUUUUUUUUUCUUCUGCUUUUGUCACAAGGAUAAUUUUGAUCCAUGACAUUUUAGUCUGGUUUGAGACAUAUAUGGAAAAGUGGCUUUGGCUGGACUAAGCCCAUGUACGCUCAAUCCGAAGUUGGUCUUGUUUUCGGCUCCACACCUGUCCCUCCUGUUUCCAGGUCAUUCUCGUUAAUCUUUUGUACUGCAAGUUAUUUGUAACAUAUAGAUUGAUUGGUGCACAUCUUGCUUUGAUAUUUUCUAUUUUCAUACAGACAAUAUAUGUAUAGCUUCUUUUUUUAUGUGUGGCAUCUUUAGUUUGUGUGUGUGUGUGUGCGCGCUCACGUGAAACGCGUAACAAGUUUCAGAAAAGUGUAUUUGCAUAUAAAGUAUUUUAAUUUGGUACUAUGGCAUAUAUAGUCUACCCAAUAAACAACUGUUAUAUUUCAUAUAAUGUAUAUUUUAUUUUCAAAAAGGUAUUCUACAUAUUUAAA